CACGAGUGCACCGCCAUGCCGCCGACCGAGACCGCCGAGACCGCCGACCAGGGCAGGGCCCAGGGUGCCCUCCAGUUCGCGGACGUGGGUGGCGCCGCGGGCCGCCACCUCGACGAGUUCUUCAGGCCGGUCUUCCGGCCACUGGGCUACGUGUCCGUGACGGUCGCCGGGGACGACGCCGAGACCGCCAAGCCCGCCAAGCCCGCCAAGCCCGUCACCAUGACCGGCUACUUCCGCGAGCUCGGGCCCCUGGUGCGCGCUGCGAGGGUCCGCGACGACGACGUCUGGGUCGUCAGCUUCCCCAAGACAGGCACGACGUGGACCCAGGAGAUGGUGUGGCUGAUCGGCAACGACCUCGACUACGCCGGCGCCAAGGUCAACCUCCCCGAGCGCUUCCCCUUCAUUGACCACACCGCCCUGUUCGACUACCGCACCAUGGACAUCCCCAUGCCGGAGCUGCCCGAGUUCGUCACGGACUCGGUGGGCUUCAUCGACCGCCUGCCGGGCCGCCGCUUCGUCAAGACACACCUGCCGUACCAGCUGCUGCCCACGCAGCUGCAGGACCCCAAGUGCAAGGCCAAGAUGGUGUACGUCUGCCGCAACGCCAAGGACACGUGCGUGUCGUACUUCCACCACUGCCGCCUGCUGGAGGGCUACACGGGCGACUUCCAGGACUUCUGCAACCUCUUCCUCUCCGGCGCAGUGUGCUUCGGCCCGUUCUGGGACCACGUCCUGGACUUCUGGAAGCGGCGUGACCAGCACAACGUCCUGUUCAUCACCUACGAGCAGCUCAAGCAGGACCUGGCCGGCGUGAUCCGGCGGACGGCCGCCUUCCUGGGCAAGCAGAUGGACGACGACCAGGUGGAGCGCCUCAAGGACCACCUCAGCUUCGAGAGCAUGAAGAACAACCCGGCCGUCAACUACGAGGAGGUCAUCGAGAUCAACCGGAGGCACAAGCUCAUCACCGAGGACGGCGUCUUCAUGCGCAGCGGCACCGUUGGCAACUGGAAGGUACUGAUGAGCCCCGAGCAGUCCAAGCGGUUCGACGACUGGUCCGCGGAGAAUCUCAAGGGGACCGGACUUGAACUGUGACGACCGUCGUGGCCAGCUUUAUAACUGAAUUAUCGUUUUUUAGCUCGUUAGUUUCUAAAUUGUGAUAUUAUGUGCGUAAUGUAAGGACCCACCAUUCCAAAAAUAUUUUGUACUUAGAAUUUAAAAUGAAAAUUAGUGUAAGGAAAAAUAAAUGCAUUUACAUUUA